AUGAACACUUUAACCUACGACCUACAGAUAAGAAGUUUGUGCGCGAAUAUCUUUAUAAGGGUGUCGCGGGCGCUGAAAGAACGAAUGCCAAAGUCAUGUCAGAAAAAACUCCAAAAGCUUCUGCGGAAAAAAGAAAAGCGUAAACUAGAAAAAGGUCGGAAAAGAGCAACUUUGCGUGAGAAAACAAGAGCAGCCAUGGCACAAGGUUGCUAUCACAGCAAAAAGUUCCAAAAGAUGGAGAUUUCUCGCAAACUGGACAUUGCGUUUAAUGAUGGUAUAAAAGUGUACAUAGAUUGUUCUUAUGAAGCUCUCAUGUCUACCAAAGAAUGCAAUAAAUUUGCUCAGCAGCUAUGCCGAUUGUAUGGUGCAAACAAAAAAGCCCCAAGACCCUUAAGCCUCCAUCUUGUGAAUCUUUCCCAGUCUGGACCUUUGUUCCACGCAUGUCAGUCUAAAUGUGAUGGGUUUUCGAAUUACAAGAUAGGAUUUCACAGUGAAACAGCGUCGAGUGUAACACCAGAUGGUAUGGAACUGGUUUAUUUAAGUCCGGAUGCGGAAGAACCACUUUUAUCCUUGUCAAAAAAUUGUGUGUAUAUACUGGGUUGUCUUGUAGAUGAACAUCUACUAAAGGGUCGGAGUUUAAAAGAAGCUGAACUUCAAGGUUGUCGCUCUGUGCGACUUCCAAUCCAAGAAUUUUACGACCACAAUACAUCAGGAAGAAAGUCUAGUCCCGUAUUGGCGAUAAAUCACGUCAUCGAUAUAAUAUUAGCCUACUUGGCAGGCAAUGGUGACUGGAAGACAGCUAUAGAAUCUGGCCUACCGAAAAGAUUUUUUAAAUGA